CAGGCUAAGCGAAAAGUUGCGUUCGACCGUCGUACGGAUAGAAUAUUAGAAUCGAAAAAAUUUUCCAACGCCACGAAUACAUAUAUUUACUUUAUCAUAUGUAUACUAGAUAAUUACUUUCGUUACUUUACGUUAUUUUCGAAGUGAGUUGAUUAAGUGAAGUAUUUGUGAUAAAUAACGAGACAUAAUUUUGUCGCACAUCCUUGGUUGAAAAGUGAAAGUCAAUAGAUUAUUGCGAAAUCGAAAAACUCGUGUGUGAUAGUCACCCACAGAUAUAUACACAUCGAUAUUUGUUGCUGUUUUCACGGCCCUCUGUAUUGGUGCUCAUAUCAAUUGGAAGCGAUCUGCUGUAGAUCGGUGGAUCGUUGGAUUUUCUUUGUACCGACGAAGACUCAUUCUUUCUCUAGAAGAAAAGUCGCAUUAAAGCGGAUCGUAAAUUUUAACGCUUGCCAGGCGAAGACCAUCCACAUCGUCAUCUGUAUCUGCAUCGGGGUAAACAACAGCCCAUCACAACCGCAUACCACAGCUCGUGUGCCUUUGUUCUCUUGGUAAAAAUGGGAAAUGCCGAGUCCACACAGUCUGCAGAUGAUACGCAGAUGCAGGUGCAGCUGGCCACCGAUGACGAGCCCUGGUGGAACGACAUCGAGCAUCAGAAUCUGAUUCUGGAACAGGCCCCUCAAGAUACAGCAAGAAGAACAGAGGCGGAGCCUCCGAAAUUGGCAAUGGAAAACCGGAAAACUCAAACUCCUGAUAAAUUGGAACAUAAAUCAGAGGACUCUCCUGAAAAAGAACAAAGCCUGGAGGACUUUAGGGAAGAGCUGCGUCUAAAAAGAGAAGUUCGCCAGAAUGCUGUGAAGGAACUUCGAGAUGAAAUUGAUAAUCUCAAAAAACAAUUGGCUCUGGAAAAAUCCAAAAACCGAAAUCCUGAAAAAUAUGAAAGUGAAGAGGGAGAUGUUCAGGUGCAGAGUGAGGAUACGAAUAUAGCUAGUAGACCAGAUUCCGAUCCAGAUGAUGAGAAUCCCAGCUCCAGAAGCCGUCAUGCCAAUAUAGAAUUGGCCAGUGCUCAAUUGGCUUUGCAGCAGGUCCAGGCUGAAAAUUUGUCGCUGCGCGGCGAGGUGGAAGUGGUUCAACGCCAGGUGGGAACCCUCAAGGAAGUCAUCUCCUGCUGCAAGCAAAUGCUGAGUGUUAAGGAGGAACAGUGUGCUCAGCUCAAGAUGAAACUUACGCAAAUCGAGAACUCCUUCAGCGAACGUGAGAUGAAGAUUAUGUCGAAUAACCUUCGCCAGGAGUACGAGCGUCAGCUGGUGAAUAUACGCCAGCUGAGGCAACUUUAUGAGGAGCGUCAGCGAGUGGCUGCGGCCGAGUACGAAAAUCUUCAGCGUUUAAUAUCGAUCAAGAGGGACGAACUUACGGCCGAGCAGGAGAAGACCAAAAACUUUGAGGAGCGCAAUCAAAGCCUUUUAAAAGAGGUGGAGACGGCCAAUGAGGAACUGGCCAAACUGAGGGAAGAGUGCAGCGAGCACAAGUUCGAGAAGCGUCUGCUAAGCGAGCAAGUGGGAGCUGUAAACUUGCUCUUCAGCCAGCUGAUCAUGGGCUUUAAUGACAAGAGCAACAUGGACAUCGAUCGCCUCAACCGAAUGCUGGAGGAGAAUCGCCAGCUGCUCAAUCAAAUGACCCAGGCCGAGGGAAACUGCAGCGAUGGCGCCACUCUGCCCAAGUUGCUCUUCGAGCUCGUGGAGCAGGCCACUGGCCAUGGGGAUUGCGCCGAGGAAUCAGAAAAAAGUCGCAGCGCCACGCCCACACCCACAAACGAGGACACCGUAGACAGUUGUGGAGCAGAAGCAGGAGCAGGAGGAGGAGGGGGAGUCAUCAAAAAGCACCGGAAGAGGGGUUCGGGAGCUUCGUUAAAAAGCCAUGAGCCCGAAAUUAUGGGAAAAGUUGCCUCGGCCCAAGAAAUCAUUGGCAACUUGCCAAAAGUUUGGAAAGUGUUGAUGGAGCUCUUGAGCCACCACAAAAUCGAGCGCGUGCAGUUUGAGGAGCUGCCGUCCUGCAGUGGAAAUGCUUCCUCGAGUGCGGCUCCUGCUGAAUCCUCCUCCACCUCCUUUGCUCCUGAAAAGGACGGAGGAGAGUCCCACCGCAAGCCACCGGAGCUUAGCGUCAGCAAGACCUACAUCAAACUGAAGGAUCUUAUCUUGGAGAAGAAGUCGCUGGUGAAGGAAACCAACCGCUUGAAGACCCUCAACAGCCACCUGGACUAUCGUCUCAACCAGCAGGAGAAGCGUUUGAGUGGGGUGAGCUUGGAGCUAACCAAAACGUGGCACCUGGUGGGUAAGAUGCAGCGCCAGCAUCGCCAGCUUCACACGCAGGAGCAGAUUCUGCGCUACCAACUGCAGCAGAAGAGGCGUCUCUUGAGCGAACUGAAGGACGAGCUGGAGUACUGCCGCAGAAAGUGGGCUCUGGCCAGGGCCAAAAACGAUGAGAGCCAGGAGCAGUGUGACGAAUGGCGAAAGGAGUUUGCUAGGAGAAAGUUGGAGGAUGCUAAUCACUCGGCGGAGAGUGGUUAUAGCGACUCGGGACCUCAAUCGGAUGAGGAGCGUGAGGUUAUUUGUGCUGCAGAUCCAGUGGAGGAGGCUCCCACUCUAUCCGCCGUUUGUCGAAGGAAGCUUCUCAGGGAUCAGUUCGAGCAUACGCGCAAGAUUAAGCGGAUGCAGAGCACCUCGCCUGGUCGUCAGGGUUUCGCAGGCGAAGAAGAUGACUCCGAGGAUAUAGUGCUGCGCUGGAACAGCGCUCCACCGACUUGUGGUUGGCGAGAGGAAGGAACGGAUCCUGCCGAAGAAGAGUAUGAGGAGGACGGAGCGCACGGUGGAGUACCAGCAAAGACUCCGCACAGUUCUAGGAGCAGACAAAGGAGCCAGGCAGAUUCACCCAGCAGCUCGGGCACAGUCAGUCGCAUUCAGAAGCUCGAGGAGCAAUGCAAAAAUCUCAUCCAGCAGGUUUUGGAAACCUCUGGCAACCGCGAACGCCUCGAGAUCCAGCUGUGCCAGUUCCAAGAUGACAUUUCACCUGUCCAGCAUGCUGUGCCCCUGGAGGAAUUCAUCAAUAGGAAGCGUAUGGAGCGAAUGACCAGGGCCAGUUCAGCACCAGCCACCGGAAGUCUUACUCCCCGAGAGGAAGAGUAUACCAGGAAGAGAUCGGAGCGAUUGGGACGCCUGGAGGAGGAGUCCCGCCAACUUAUGUCCAGGAUUAGGCGUACUGCAGACCGAGGACACUAUCUUAAGAAAUCCCUAGACAGGAUUAGAAGAGCGCCAAGUCGCGAGGCGAGCUUUGAAAGUAACACAGAGGAGGAAGCUGCUGUUCUUCCGCCAUCCAAAGACGAAUCCCCACUAACCGCUGAGGAAGAGGAGUAUACAUCCAGGAGAACAGCGAGAAUCCAGCGCUUAGAGCAGGAGAGUCGGCAGUUGAUAUCGCAGCUCUCAAGGAAUACUGAACGCGGCGCAACCUUGGCCACCAAGCUGGAUACGCUGCAUGAGCAGCAUUGUUCUAAUCCUCAGCAGCAGGAGGAGCAGCCCCAAACCUCGGCUAGCAUCUCGCAAACUGUCGAGCAGCGACUGGAGGACAUUGAGAGGGUAUCGGCCAAUAGGGCCGAACGUCUUCGUCUGCUGGAGGCGCAGGGUAAAGAACUGAUUGCCAGGUUGAGCUCCACAUCCGAAAGGGGAACGGCCAUGAUCAACAGGAUUGCGGAAAGGGAGGCCAGUCGGCGACAGGAGGCUGAACUAGUUGAGCAAACGGUGCCGACCGAGGAAGCCACCAGUUCGGUCAACUCCAUAGCCAGCACUAGGAUUGUGGGUGAGGAAGCGGAGGAGGAAGUCGGCGGAGCGGCUUGUUGCGCAACUGUGACCACCACCCCCAGUCAACUGGCAUUGAAGCUACAAUCCACGGGAGCCAUUCCCAAGAACCCGAUGACGAGCAGACCGCAAUCUCAGUUAUGCGCUGCCACCCGAAAAGAUGAUGCGGCCAAGAAGCGAUCUUCUGAAAAAGAAGCUGCCAAAGAGGAGGCACCCGAAACCCUCGAAGAUAUGGUGCUGCGACUGCGGGCAUUGCCUUUUCCAGAAAAAUCCCAGGAAAAUAAGGAGUCCGAAAGAGAACAAACCUGUACGAAAGAUCCCAAUCAGGAAACAAUUAACUCAAACAACCAGGAUGAAUCGGAUUUGGAUGAAAUUAGGGAUAUGAAAUCUAAAUCUGAAGACCAAGAGAGUUCCUCGAAAAUAGAAGAAAAGAAAAAAGAAACUACAGACCAGAAAACCGAAGAAACGUUAGAGGAGCAACUGGAACACCAGGAGGACAACAAUGACGAAUACUGAAAGAUGUUCACUAGCAUUAACUAUGAUUACUAAUUUUCACUGAUAAAACUGUAAGGACCAGUGACCAAAACAAACUACACUUUUGUGAAUUUUAAUAAACUACACCGAAAAAAAUAA